GGACGGUCUCGGAAAGAUACAUAUUCUUCGUUUUAACAAUACGAGUGGGAGAUUAGGACUUUAGACCCGUUUCAAUUUCAUCGGGCGAUAAGUUUCUCGAUUGGUUAAUAAUCCAAUUCCAGAGUAAGCCAGAGUCGAAUCUGCAACGCGGAAUUCGGAGAAGUCGGCUGGACCUAGUUUUUUUGAAUUUUUGCGGGCCUCCCCGUCAUGGCGGCAAUGUUGGCAGAAUUGGUAAAAGAGUUGACCAUGCAGAGGAAUGGCGGCAGAGAGAUGGAAGAACGAAGGUCCAUUCGCGAGUCGAGUAAAACUCCGAAGAGAUACGGCAGCACGGCCAAACACAUGACCAGAAACGAAAACUUGAUCAAACAUGUGGUGUCGAAAUCGGAUACUCUUCAAGGAAUCGCUCUCAAGUACGGAGUCACGACAGAGCAGAUAAGAAGAGUUAACAGACUGUGGGCUUCGGACAGCUUAUUUUUAAGAGAGCAUUUACUCAUCCCGGUGCCUGGUGAAGGCCUUUUGUCUGGACCCAAUAAUGGCAGUCUUCCAUUGGAUGGCGAUGCCGAUAGCAGUAUUGCGAGUGUUUCUAGUCCAUCUUCGAUGACUUCGUCCAUUGAUGAGGAGAGCUCAUUAAAUGAAUUUUUGGCAAAAAUGGACUCUUCUAUAGCAAGUAUGAAAAAGGAGGUUAAGAGGGCACAAGGGAACAGUGAGUUUUGCAACGAGGGGGACAGUGAGAGCGUACAACGGAGAAGAACAGUUGGUAGACCUCAAUGCAACUCACAUCCAGUUACAUCAAAUUCGUACUUAUCAACACCAUCCUCUGAGGUACUGAGGCCUGCUUCUAUGAGCGAUGUUCACAGCCUACCGUCUGCUGUUGUCAUGACACAAGGCAGGCGAGUAAAAACUUCAUUACAGAGACUUCAACAGCAACAGGAUGAAAUGUUUCAAUUGUAGCAAUUAAGUAUUUGUUUGGUUAGCGCCUAAAUGAUCUUGAGUUUUAGGAGAAAUUUUGAAAUUGAAAAGAGAACUGGAUAUCAAUGUAACAAAUUGCGCUACAGAUGUUUGCUAAAGUAACUAAUUAUUUACGAAUCCAUGGUAAACCAUAUGUGCCUUUACCUUAUUGACAUUUUGUAUUAAUAUAAUUUUUCAUAAUUUUGCUUUUUCCAAUCGAAAAAUGUCUCAAUUAUUCUGAUAGAGUAACCCACUUUUUAUUAUUUAAUCAUUGUGUCAUUAAGCAGCAAUAAUUGCAGUGAUAUCUGGAUCUCUUUUUUCACAGUGUACAAUUGUCUCUUACGUUCAAAUCUUCAUUAUGACACCUUUUAAAAGAAGUGUAAAGGCAUUACUACCGUGUAAGCUUAUACAAUUGUUCAUGUACAUACAACACGAUGUCAGUGCAUGAACACAUCGCUGGUACUAUGUCUUUUCCUAAUAUGGUAUUUUGAACAAAUGUUAAAGAAAUGACAGAAGUACAGAAACGAAGUAUAGUCACAUAAUUAACUAACAUUCUUCAUGUCCAAUCACUUGCAAAUGAAUUCUCAACAUUUUUAAGAAGUGUGAAGAACGCGAAUAAUUAGGUCGGUAGAAAAGAACGAAUAUCGUGAGAUAAGAAAUUCAAUAAUAGUUUACUAUGUAAUUAAUCAUUUUGUAAAAUGUAUUCCAUACUAAAAAUAACUAUAUUGAUUAAUGGCAGUUGAAAGUAUACUUUCUUUACAGAAUGUAUAAGUCGAGUAAUUGUUUUCAAAUUUAUUUGCGAAAUAUUGAAAUAUGGAGAUUAUUAAUAUCUGUGUUUCAGAGGUGAUAAGUUGUCAUGUUUCCUUAUUCUUUAAUUUGUUGAGAAAAAUACAAAGCAGUUCUUUGAAAACGAAUUACUGUACCUCGCAAACUAUAAAAGUUGUUGAUUGUUAUGUCACAAAUUAUAUAUGUAUAUAUAUGUUCAAAGUAUAUGUUGUUGAAUUGUGGAAGAUUUAUUGUAAUAUUCCAAAGAAAAUAUAUUUCUCUGGGGCACCAGGUACAUGGA